AUGGACAAUGAGAGCAAUGAGAUCCCUUACUACGAGACACCUCCAAGUUACGAAGAGUUUUUGCAGAAUCAUUUGAUUCCCAAUGUACCAGCUGUCAUCGGGCCAAAGUUAACCGAACAUUGGGAGUCGAGAAAGCAUUGGGUGGUGCCAACAGGGUCAGUAGACGGACCAAAAUACAAACCCAACUAUGGUUAUUUACGAGACCGGUUCGGCACAGCAAAAGGACAAGUAGCACGUUGUAAUAAACGUCACUUUACAGACCAAGUCAGAAAAGAAACGUCUUUCAAGGACUUUGUAGAUCUAUGGGAGGCAGAUGACGGCAAAGAAUCCCUGUACUAUUUAAAGGACUGUCAUUUAGCAAAGACAUUCCCGCAAGAUAUAUUUUAUACAGUUCCUGAUAUAUUCCAAGAUGAUUGGUUAAACGAGUACUGGAAUCAAACAAGCGAUGAUGACUAUAAAUUUUCUUAUAUGGGAGGUGACACAACAUUUACACCACUUCAUGCAGAUGUGUAUCGAUCCUAUUCUUGGUCUAGUAACAUUUGUGGCAUAAAGAAAUGGACGUUUUUCCCACCCAAUCAAGAAGAGUUAUUCAUGGACAAAUACGGCAACAUGGUGUAUGACAUUCGUAGAGUGCGCACGGAAGAUUUCCCCAAGUUUGAGCAGGCCAAGCGCAUCAUCUUGUACCAAAAGGAUGGUGAAACUGUGUUUGUGCCUUCUGGAUGGUUUCAUCAAGUGGAGAACAUUGGUGCAGCUAUUUCGAUCAAUCAAAAUUGGGCAAAUGCAUGUAACUUGAAACACACAUUUGGGUCAUUAAACAAGGACCUGAAUGAUUGCACUAGAGCGAUUCAGGAUAUUAAGGAUGGUAUGAGUCGAGUUGAGUUCAUCCAAGAGUGCCAAAAUCUAUUACUUGUCCAUAGUGGUUGGGAUUGGAAGACAUUUCUGAAUAUGUUGCACUGUGUUGUAAAGAACCGAUCGAUUUCAUUGGUUCACCCAAACCAACCACCUUUGAAAUGGCAAAUGGAGCAGAUAAACACUGUUUUGGAAUUGUGGUCGAACGAACAAGGUGAGGAUUUAUUCGAUUUUUUAAAAUCUCAUGGCGAUGGUGAACUUUAUUUAAAAUAUGUCGAGUUGAAAGAGUACAUCUCUAAAUUAAUUUAA